GGCUCAGACUGAGCAUAAAGGAGACUGAUGGGCCAGGGGCAGGCAGACUUGGCAGCCAUGGAGGUCCAGAGGGAAAGCACCUCCCUGGCAUGGUGGUUACCGUUGCUACUGCUGCCGGGCCUGGUGAUUCCUCCAGCUGCCGCCCAGACCCCCAGUUACCGGGAGGCUGCGCUACGUGCCGUGGACGACCUUAACCGGCAGUCCUCCGACGCCAAUCUCUAUCGCCUCCUGGAACUGAGCGAGGAGCCCAUGGGAAGCGGGGAUCCGAGCUCCCCGAAGCCCAUAAACUUCCUGGCGAAGGAGACGGUAUGUCCCAAGACAACGAGGCAGUUCCCAGAGCAGUGUGACUUCAAGGAGAAUGGGGUGGUAAAGCAGUGUGUGGGGACAGUCACUCUGGACCAGGUCAGGGGCUCCUUCGAUGUCAACUGUGUCGAGACUCAGAACGUCAGGCUAUUUGGACGGCUGCGUGACCUCAUCAAGAAAGGUACGCAGAAGAUUGGCAGAAAGCUUCGGAAAGUUGGCCAGCAAAUCAAGGACUUUAUACGAAAUCUUAGGCCCAGGGAAGAAGACUCUUAGGCUGUGCUUUGUCCUGUCAGGCUUCCAGAUGCUGAAAAAUAAAUUGUGAAAGAAAUUCUCUCCAGG